CUAAGUUUGCGUUUUUCCUUUUCCGUGUUGUAUACCUACCUAAUAUUUUAUUUUUAAUUGAAUUCACAUGGUUUUGAAAUCUCAGCUAUCAAAUUGUGUUUUCUAAAAACUUACACAUAGCAUAUUUUAUUAAUAUGUGUUAGAAUAUCAUGACGAAAGCUCCAACGUGAUAGUGCAUUUUGGAGGUAAAAUGCCCGCUUCAAUCUGUGACCCAGUAUCAAACGCAUUGCGUUUAUCGCUUACGGCCGAGGAAUCACAAAAUUCCUCUUUAUUGGAUAGCAGACUAUAUUCAUCAUCUAAGAACGUGCUACUUUCAAAGAUAGAGUUUGAAGAAUCAGGUGAUUAUCAAAGCAAUGUUCUUGACGGCUUGAAAUCAAAGUACGUGGUAAUUCGAUCUAAAAAGCCCAUAUUGGAUACGAAAACUUUAAAACGAGAAGGAAAUAACGGAAAUCUAUCUAAUGAUCCAGCAAAGAAUGGAGAGGAUGGUUUACCUAAGCCUAAGAGAAUUUUAUUUCCGGUCGAGAAUGUACAAGUUGGAUGGCAAAAUGCAUGGGCUGCAGGUGCAGGGAUGCACAAUGUCGGAAACACAUGCUAUCUGAAUUCAACAUUGCAAGCACUAUUCCAUGUACCAGCUCUUGCUAAUUGGCUUGUGGCAGAAGUAAACCAUUCAGAGAAAUGUAACCAACAAGAAGCAUGUGUCAUAUGUGGAAUGCGGGCAACAUUAAUAUCAACACAGAAAAGUGGUGGUGCUCCUAUUAAGCCCUGGCAAGUCUAUUCAAAGCUUAGAUUGAUAUGCCGUCACCUAACACCAGGCCGACAAGAAGACGCUCAUGAAUUCUUAAGAUACUUAGUUGAAGCCAUGGAAAAAUGCUACCUCUCAAGGUUUAUUAUAUCUGAUAAGUUGGAUCAGUAUAGUAAGGAAACAACACCUUUGAAUCAAAUUCUCGGUGGUUAUUUGAGAUCAACAGUGCGAUGUCUAGCAUGUCAUCAUUUAUCAACCACCUAUCAACAUUUUCAGGAUUUACUCCUUGACAUAAGAAAACACUCAACAUUGGAUGAAGCGUUAGAUUCAUUUUUUUCUCGGGAACGAUUAGAAGACCUUGGUUAUAAGUGUGAAGCAUGUAACAAAAAGGUAUCUGCAACCAAGCAAUUCUUUAUUGAAAGGGCUCCAAUGGUACUUUGUAUUGCUCUUAAGAGGUUUUCACUUGCUGGAGGGAAGCUAUCGAAACAUGUACAAUUUAGAAAAAAGAUUUCACUUAGCAAAUAUAUGUAUAAUAAGAACACACAACAGCAAUUUUCAUAUAAAUUAGUUAGCUUAGUAACACAUUUGGGGCCAUCGCAAAACUGUGGUCAUUAUACAGCAAUUGGACAAGCUCCUAAUAGUAACUAUUAUCAAUUUGAUGAUAGUUGUGUAAGGCCUUUGCCGUUAUCUGCAGUUCUAGGCACCAAUGCAUAUAUCAUGUUCUUUGAAAAGGAUAACACCAUCGAGGAUUCCAAUGCGCCUACAGCAUCAUCUUCUACAGUAUACGGACCUCAACUACCUGAUAAUCUUUUAAACCGAGAAAAGAGUCCACUAAAACUUACUUUAUAUAGAAAUGAUGAAAGGAAAUCUAUAAUAUUAAAUAGCACUAUGACAGAGUCAAAAUCAGAAAUGAAACCAAUUAUAUUAAAUUCAACUCUCAGUAAAUCGCUGGAAGUGAAUACCUCAAACUCAGAACCCUGGGUAGUCAAACAGAAUGGUGAAGUUGAAAAAGUGACUCAAGGUCCAAAAAUACUCAAUGGUGGAGAUAAAGUAAAUUUCAAAAUAGUGGAUGAUAAAAAAGUGGGCAUUGUGAUAAAGAAACAGCCUGAAGAAAUUGUAAAACAAAAACUUUCAAAGAAUGAUUCAGAUUUACGGAGUACAUUAGGAACUAAAUUGGUUGAGAAAGUGGGAACUAGUAAAUUAGUGAAAUCACAAAAGUCGCCAUUAGAAAAACUAGAGGAACAGAUGAACAAAGGUGAUUCAUCAGGUUAUGUGCAACGGAACGGUAAUACUGGAUCAAAACUGGUACCUUAUGAUUCAGAAUCCAGUAGUGAUGAGCGAAGUGAUAACAGGCAAAGGGAAUCAAGGGAUGAGUGCCGUAGAACAAAGACUAGUAAAUGUGGGUCCCCUAAAGGUCUAGUUGUAACCACCAAGAGUAUGCACCAUGUUUGGAAGGUGUCUAGUGAGAAUAUUGGACCAUUACUCAGCCCAAGUCUAAAUGGUGAUACAAAUAAAAAACUAAAAGACAAAGAGCAACAGCAAGGUGAUAAGGAAGAGAGUCCAAAUACUAGUUUAAGUACCAUGUCACCUUUGAGCGAGCGGGAGCAGAGUUCACCAACCCCCAUCACAGUUCCAGCUACUUCGGUACAAACUCACACCACAAAUACCAUCACUAAUAGUAUAGAGACUACAAGGCACUUGCAAUCUCUAUCGCACAGGGGCUACGGUGCCCCAGUUAAUACAUGGAAUGGAACCCACAGUAUUCUUUCACGACAGGUGUUUGAAGAGCGAAGAGAUGAACGCAAGAGAGCCCAUGAAUCCACAAAUGAAAUGGACCAAGGUCGAACUAAGAAAGUGAAAAAGUUCCACAACUAUAAUGGCUUUAACAAUUCCAGAAAUGGAUACAAUCCCUUCCAGGAGAAACAAAACAAAAUGCACUGGGGCAACAAUUUUAAAUACCGCAACGACAGGCGCCUCGGACAUCACUUCAAUAGACACCACAAUAAUAAAUAUAAACGAUUCAACAGAUUCAGUAACGGCAAUCAUUACCGACGCCACUGACCCCGGCCGAGGCGCAGCUGUCUCAUGAAUAUACAGAUGGACUUAUCGGACCCUGUUCUAAGUUAAGUGCAGCCACAAGUGCAGUAAUAGCAGUUUAGAAAUUGACGAUAUAAUUAUAAUUUUAGAGUCGAACAGUGUCACAAAGUUUGACUCAGCGUUAGAAUAUUAUUACUGCCAGUAAUAAUAAAAAGCCUUCUUAAAUCUGCCUUAAGCUUCAAUGUUACUGUAUACAUAUAUAGUACAAUAUGGAUGCAAUAUGUUAAGAUUCAGUCGCGCAGCAGUAUGAAUAUUGGACAUUGACGGUACUGUGGGAUAGAUCAAUGUUCGAUGUUAUUUCUGCUUCAUGCCUUUACCGUUGUUGUAUUCGUACUGUGAUUACAGUUCGCCUCAUUAGUGUUAUAGUUCCGACUAAUAGCUACGAAUUUUGAUUGAAAUUUUAUAAUAUUAUAUAAAUGGUAGUAAAUUUACUAUGAAUGGCUCGUUGUAAAUGAUUGAUUGUGUUUUAAAUCUGCCGUAAUGUUGCAUGUAACAGUGAAUACGUGAUAGUCAUAGUAUAGAUAAGCAAUAAUUAUUAGUAGUUAAGACUUUGAGACUAUACGAAAUAUAAAAUGUUGAAACUGAAAAUUAAAUAUAACAAUUUUAUUAUAAUAGAAUUUACGAAAACUUCUGUAUAACUUAAUGCUUGCAGUUCUAUUAUGGCUUCAGGCAGACAGUACCGAAAUCAAAUAACAAAUUAUGAUGUCAUUUAGUUUGUAGACCAUAGAGUUGAUACGAGGACCUGUUAUUAAGUUUUUACUCUAAUGUAUAUAAGAACUCACGAGGCAUUUACUUUUGUGUAAAUAAUGACAGGAACAUGAUAUUUUUGUAGAAAUUGAAAUAGUGUUGUGUGACACUAUGAUGUCUGUCACUUUAUUGUGGAAUGUCCAUAUUAUGUAUGACACAGUGUGUUGCUCAGUGUAAAUUACAAGGUUUGACAAAAUCAAACCGUUUUAAAUUUUUAUUUUGCUUGUGAUAAAUGUGUUAUUAUUUAGUUUUGCUUGCACAUCGGCAACAACUUGUACAGCAAGAUUACGGGAAGUUUGUUUGGUUUAAAUUGGUUCUUUUUUAUUCGACCAUAAGAUUCCUUUUUCUUAUACAUAUAUAUAUAUAUAUAUAUAUAUAUAUAUUUAAUUACCACUAGAAAUAUUUUUACAUUAGUGUGAUUUAAUUUUAACUACUAAAGUAUUGAAAUUUUAUCACAGUUUAGCUUAUAAUUAAAUAUUUAAGGCUCGUUUAAAAUGUAAUAGUAUAAUUUUGAUAUUAGGUUCUCGUGGAUGCGCGUGCGUCCACAAAGUGCAUAAAAAAAUUUAAAUACCCUA